AUGGUGACCAUUGAAGAUUUUGGCCGUGUUGGUGCUGUUGGAAAUGUUGCUGCUCGCAGCAUAAAGGACGAAUCGGUAUUCCGUUCGACAGAAAACGACUAUGAAAUUCCCAUCAGAAAGUCAAUACUUGUCAAUGAUCUCUACCCAACUCGAGAGCCCGUCGCUGAUCCUGGUGAUAUAAUGGAGGUAAAACUGUCCCAAGAAAAUGAGUCUGGCGUCGCCGUUACAAAAGGGACAUUAUUUCGCCUAGUUGAUUUCGCCCCAGCGGCGGCAACAUCUUUACAAGCCGCCAACAACGUUGACUUGGCCGUCGUGGUCAAGGGCUCGUUCAAGAUUAUCCUUGAGUCGGGCGAAGAGCGCAUGAUCAACUGCGGCGAUGCAGCAGUUCAACGGGCCAACGUACGUAGGUGGAUCAACAUGUCUAACAAUGGACAAGACUCGGGGCAGAUACUAUUUAUCGUGCAAGGGAUCCAAGAUAAUCACGUGGAUGGUCCGUUGAUUGCCAGAGCUCAUGGUAAAAUCGGACAGACCCAUGUCAAAGUUUCUGAUCAUAAGCCCGUUGUUUACGCAAGGAAUGAUGACAGUUUUGAUUGGAGGCAUGACUACAGGAGAUAUGACGAUAAAUUUGAUAGCGAGUUUUGA